GCCUAUCCCCCUCCACUCGUUGGGAUUUCCUUCUCGCGGCAAAAACCUUCCAAGCAGAUAAGCCCCGGGCGCGGCCACCAACUCCGACCACCGCCCGCCACCGCCAUGGUCGGCGUCGCCGCCGGCUUCGCCUUCGCCCCGGCCGUGUCCCGCUUCCUCCCUUACAGGUCCUCCACUGCCACCACCCACGCCUCGGUCCCCUCGUCCUCCUCCCCCUCCCCAGCACGGGUCCUGGCCGCGCGGUGGGGACGGCCGCAGCGGCGUCUCGUCGUGGUCGCGCGCUACUCCUCCUCGUACGGGAGCGACGAGGAGGACGAGGAGGUUGGGAGGAGGGACCGGCCCCCCGAGCAGGAGCAGGACCCCGCCCUCGACAUCGAGCGCAUCGAGUCCUCAACUGUAAGGCUAUUGGAUGCCCAGAAAAGAAUGGUUGGUGUUUUAUCUGUAAGCGAGGCAGUUAAAAUUGCAGAUGAAAAUGAUCUUAUACUGGCAAUAUUAUCACUAGAUGGGGAUCCUCCGGUACUUCGACUCUUUGAAGAGAAAGAUUACAAAAAACACAAGUACGAACAACAGAAGAAGAAAAGAGUUCAGCAGAAAAGAUCUGUUGCAAAACGCAUGGGCUUGAAAGAGCUGAAAAUGGGGUACAACAUUGAUAUUCAUGAUUACAGUGUGAGGCUUAGAGCUGCAAAGAAAUUCCUUAAAGCUGGUGACAAGGUUAAGAUAAUGGUUAACUUGAAAGGCCGGGAGAAUUUGUACAAAAAACAAGCGAUUGAACUUAUCAGAAGAUUCCAAACUGAUGUUGGUGAGCUAGCGACGGAAGGAGGUAAGAAUUUUGCGGAAAGGAACAUAUAUGUGAUUCUUGUGCCCAAUAAGCUAGCUAUACAGAAAGAACAGGAUGGGGUGAACAAAAAGGACACUGCAGAAGAAGAGACGGACCAAUCAGAGGAUGAAUUGGACGGGGAUGAGCUUGUGGUAGAACAACUAGAGCAAAGUGCGUUGGAUGGGGAUGAGCCUGUGAUAGAACAGCUGGAGGAAAGUAAGGAACCUGAGGCUGAAGUCUCUGCAAAUGUUUGAUUUAGCUGUAAAGGGCAGGGGCACCAUCUAUGAUUUUAUAAGGUACCAACACUGUUCAUGUAAAUACAAGGGUGCUUCUGCUGUACUUGAACUUGCUGCCCUUGCCUGCUAUGCUAAAACAGUAAAACGAUCGACCAGACGACCACCAUCGUUUGCCUAGGUGGUCAGGACAAAUGACCCUGUGAUGUUAACUGUCAAGAAGUUGCUGGCUGCCAUCUUUACAUUUGGGAUCCAAGCCUGGUAUUCGCAUGCACAGAUAGAAUCCACAGUCUGCUUGGAAUCGUGCAACCAUCGGGUACCAGUAAUGGUAAUUGAUAAGAGAGGUCCGGCGCGGCCUAGCUGUCUACACGUUUUUUGUUUUAGUGUUGUCAUUGUAGAGAAGAUCAGUUGUGCCUUAUUUAUCGAAUGGUUGCUUUCAGAUUUUGACCUUGCGCUGGAAGGGCAUAAUAAGAGGCUAUCGUGCUAUCUUCCGCGGGGUGGAAACUAUUUUCUUUCUGUGGAUGUUACGUAGUAUCGCACAACCAAUUGUUUGCUAA